AUGACAGCUACUAUAAAACCAGAAGAAAUAAAAAGUGGUGUUAAUGACUUCUCUAUUUUAACAAGUUCGCGUUAUAAAAAAGAUUUGAUGUUCUUGGGCCCUGCGGCUUAUAUAAAUCAUUGCUGCUCAAACAAUACGGAAUGGGUGCCUGGACGGGGCGAAGGGAUAUGGUGUGCAAAAGCAAUUCAAAACAUAUCCAUUGGUACAGAAAUUACAACAAAUUAUGGUGACAAUUACUUUGGUCCAAACCAACAAUAUUGUGAAUGUCGAUGUCACCCUGACAAAGUCCAAGUAAACGAUGUAGAUAGUAUGGGUACAGAUACUGAAACAGAAGAAAUUGAAACCGACUCAGAGAGUAUGGAUACAGAUACAGAGGAUACUGAUACUAAAUUAGAGAAUAUGGGUAAACAAGAUCAACAAGAAAGCGAAAUGCCAGUUGCAUCAACUUCAGUCAAACCUGUGACACAAGGUACCACAUUUUUUUUAAAUUUUACUAUCUAUCAUGUUAAUUUCUGCCAUAUAGAUAGUAUGGGUACAGAUACUGAAACAGAAGAAAUUGAAACCGUUUCAGAGAUAGAUAGUAAGGGUACAGAUACUGAAACAGAAUAA